AUGUCGGCGGCAGGGCGAGGCCGUGGCGGCGGUAGGGUGGCGUGCGCCGCUGCCUGGGGCCGCCCACUGGCAGCUACCACGUGGCUGAUCUACCACGUGCUGCCUUGGCUGAGAAAGCUCUCCUUGAAUCUGGUUGGUGCGGAGGAGAGGAUGGCUGUGGGCAGCAGCUUGGCGCGCGUGAAGCAGGUGGAGCUGGAGCUGCAGAAGGAGGCUGUGGAGCUGCCCUUGUCCCUUGUGCUGCUCCCCCAGCUGCACACACUCGUCAUGUGGAACGCGGGGAAGAUGCAGCGGCUUCCAAGCGACAUGGGAUGGGCUGUGCCGCAGCUGAGGGUUCUGCAGAUCCAAUGUGCGCGGGAAUUGAGGGAGCUGCUGGACAGCAUUGGCGCUGCAUCCCGCCUGCGCCAGCUGCACCUCUUUGACUGCCCCACUCUGCACCACCUGCCCGCUUCCCUCACCCAGCUUGCAUGCCUCCACCAGCUACAUGUGGAAAACGCCGGCCUGCGCUGCAUUCCUUCUGGGUUUGCGCAAUUGACCAGGCUGCGCUGUCUUAGUGUGCGCGGUUGUCUACAGCUGGAGCGUCUCCCAGAGGAUCUCACGGAGUUGAAGAUGCUGCAAUUACCUAUUGAAUAUUGGAAGUUGCAAGAAUGUGUGCCCUGA